CCGUAGCUGCCUCAGACCUCUGCAAAACACUCCGACACACCCUUUCACUGGAGCGCCUUUCCUCUCAUACAUAAUACUGCUUUCAUCAUGUCUGGCUGGGGUCUGGGUUGGUUCGGUGGCGGGCAGGCGAAGAAGGAAGCGCCCAAGAAAGCCAUCCUCCAACUGCGCGGCCAACUAGAAAUGCUCAACAAGCGGGAGAAGCACCUGCAAAACCAAAUGGACGAGCAAGACACCAUUGCGCGGAAAUAUGUAUCCUCCAACAAGAAUGCGGCCAAGGCAGCAUUACGGCGGAAGAAGCAGUUCGAACACUCGCUGGAGCAAACCAGCGCACAAAUUAUGACCCUCGAGCGCGAAAUAUACUCCAUCGAAACCGCAAACAUCAACAAGGAGACGCUCGACGCAAUGAAGAACGCAGGCGCCGCGAUGAAGAACAUACACGCCGGCCUGACUAUCGACAAGGUCGACGACGUCAUGGAAGGUCUCCGCGAACAACAUGCCAUCGGCGAGGAAAUCAGCGAAGCCAUCACCAGCGGCGUCGCCUCCAACGGCAUCGACGAAGACGAACUCGACGAAGAACUCGCAGAACUCCAGCAAGAGAAACUCGACGAGGAAAUGCUCAAGACGGGCAACGUCCCUGUCAACGACACCGUCGCCGCGGGCCGCCUGCCCGCCGCGCCGAAUCAGAAAUUGCCCCAGCAACAGCGCGUUGAGGAGGAUGACGAGGAGGAGGAGCUGCGCAAACUGCAGGCCGAGAUGGCUAUGUGAGCAAGCACGUUAGAUUGGGAAUGGGCGUAAUGGCGAAUUGAGAGCGAUGGCGGGAUACUUUAUGCGGCAUUUGGGGCUCACCUUUUUUUUUUUUUUUGGUUUUAGGCUGCAAUCUACGACCUUGAGACUCUCUUCGAGUGAGUUGUCAGUUGCGCCGCCCGACGAGAUAUACCUUGCAAUUUUUACAUAUUCUGCUUU